UUCUCCGCGUAGUUCCUUUGCUGGUCCCCCAAAGGUAAGUCUUCGUCCAAUUUGACUCACAUCUUUAGCGCUGUAGAAUUCAAAAUUGUUCCCACUCUUGAUUUAAGCUUCGUAUUGUUAUGAUCUAAAGAAUCUUGUAGUACAUGGUAGAUCUCAACUGCUGAAUUUCAUUUCCCUGUCGAUUAGUGUUUUCAUGAUGGCCGACGACCCAUAUUCGUCUUUAGAUGAUGAUACACUUGACUGUCUCCCACGAAGGUGGAUUUCUAAAGGAGCUAUGCCAACUUGUCCUGUUGCCGGCUCCUUUAAAUCCUUAAAAGACCGAAGAGAUGAGCUUAAAGAUUGAAGAAAUUAGGAAUCGAUUCAAUAUCCCAGGUUCAGUUGAGAUAUCUCUUCACAAUAAUUUACAACAUCCGGUGGAGAAGGAUGAGGUAGUCGCAAGCUUUUAUCAGCUAGAAUAUGGUUUGCUGAUGCCCAUUGAUGCAGAAAUGUGUGAGAUUCUUAUCGGCUGGGGAAUCUCCUUACAACAAUUGCAUCCAUCUAUCAUCAUAUCUAUUAGGCGUCUACUAACUAUUGCCCGUGUGUUCUGCCGUCGCCUCCUACCAAGCGAUGUUCAUCGAAUCAUUUCUCCUAUGCCUCGUGUUUGGGACAAGGGAGCUGGGAUAUGCUUCAUAUACACCUGGAUAGAAAAUGAACGUCGGCUAUUUGACUUUCCAGGCAGUUACAAACAUUGGGAAUUCCCUUGCUUCAAGUUUCGCAACUGGCAGAAUGGUCAUCAACUUGGAAUUCCUUAUAAAUUAACUUCUUCCUCUUUGAACCAGACGCGGAAAUCUGGUCGUGUGCCACCGACUUCGAAAGUGACGAGCGAAGCCGGAAACUCUUUGACCUGCCAAAUGAUUUAUUCAAUGUUUCAUACCCUGACUCCAUUGUUCAGUUGAUCUAUAACAGGGAAAAAACCUUGGGCCGUAUAUCUGCAGCCAUUCCAGCCAUUCCCGUCGCUCAAUAUCCCGCUCCUCCCAGUUUAGGAAUUAGGACCAUCUGCCCAAGAACGAGCUAACUCUAAGAAACGUCGUUCUUCAUUUUCAUCAUCUUCCGGCUUUCCAAGGAUUCCUAGAAAGCGUUACUGUCCCGCGAUGGGCAGAAAUGAAGUUCAGAGUUCAAUCCCUAACACAAAUGAUAUAAGGGGGUUCAGGAGACUUCGAAAGGCUUAUCCGGAUUACCGUCCACACUGCGUGAACAGAGAUGCAGGAUUCCUGAACAGAAAUGUUACUCAGAUCCCUGAUGCUAUGUCGGAGAAGGUAGGCGAAGUUGCUCGCCGCAGUCAAUGCUUGUUUCACAAGAAUUACAAUUUCGUAGAAGAGUGUGUAUGUGCUUCGAGUGGUGGAUUCAUCCCUGGCCUCGCUGGUAAUAGAGAAAGCACGAAUUCUGGUUCCAGUAAUGACGAUCCUGGAUUUGAAAAUGAAAGUUCUGAAGAUGUUUCGUCAGGUGGUCCUCCUAACCCUUUCCUUAGCAUGAAUGCAGCUCGUGUCCCUUUGGGGAGAGAAGCCAUGAGGGGAAAUGACUUCUCUAACACGGUUUUUAUCGACGAUAGCUCACCUAGUGAUGACAACAUAUCGGCUGCCCGAAAUGAUUUUUUGCCACCAGGUCGCAAAGAUACUACUCGAGAUAACGGAGAAAAGGUUACUCAAUCAUCCUUUCCAAUUGGAUUACAUGUACUUUCUGAUCACGGUCUGCUGGGUAGUGGAUCAACUAACCCCAGAUUGACUAGUGAAAAUGUCAGAGUGCAUCGGCCUCCUUCAAUCCCAGUACCUGAUGUUGAUGAUGAAAUGGUGCGUCGACCUCCUUUAAUCCCGGUACCUGAUGUUGACGGUGGAAACUGUCCGUCUUCUUCUCCAUCUCCUGGCCAACCAGUAAAAGAGCCCGACUAUGAAUCAAUGCUGAAUGCCGUGGCUGAACACUAUACUCGGUUUAUGAAUUCCGUCGCUCAACUAAAUGAAGUGCAAAAACAACGUGCUUUGGAAGGUGGUGUUGAUGCUGGCAUGAGGCGGGAAAUCACACGGUUGCAGAGUGAAAAUGCUGAGUUGACCGCUGCUAUAAGCGUGCUGACCGAAGAGUUAGCUGGAGUGCGCCAGAAAUUAGCUGACUCCAACUCCAGUGAAUUGCAGCUGAAACUAACCUUGGAUGAAAUUAGAGGCGUACUUCCAGCUUCUUUGGGGUACUGACUUGCUUCUCGGCUGUAAAAAUCGCUUCCGCCAUUUGCAGCAACUUUCCUUGACGUAAGACUGCAUUUUUCAAGUCUCCAGCAGAGUUCUCGUUAUGUUAUUCUGGUGACGAUGGCAGCGGUGAAAAUACUGGCGGAGUAUGCAUGAUAUUCCGUCCUGGUAGAAAUUGCCUGCAAUUACUUGUGAAUCAACAGCCUUCCUUAACUUUUAGUUGGAAAAUUAAGAUGGUUGACAUCUAUGUUGAUUCCGGAUCCGAAAUAUUUUAUAUUGAUCUUGUUCUUGUCUGUAGUAGUA